AUGCGCUCGACGCGAUCACACCCGAGCGCGCCCGCGUCCGUCGCGCGUCGUCGCGCGUCGAGCACGUCGACGGGCGCGAACCGGCGGCGGCGCGCACGCAGAAUCCCGCGCGGCUUCGACGACAUCGACGCCGUCGCCGAGGACGUCUCCGUGGACGACUACGCGACGUGGCGACACGAAAAUCCAAAGCGGGCGAGCGCGUGGGAGGCGUACGCGGACGCGCGACCGGAGGGUGGGUCGUACUCGGUCGGGAAGAAGCCGCUGGAUGAACAGUUUUUGAGCGAACUCAUGCUCGCGUUGCUCAGAAAUCAUCGCCGAGGGGUGCGGGCGGAGGUGAUCUUGCAAAAGGUCCGAUCGAACAUGGAGCUUGAUGGGUACAAGAGCGUCCUGGUCGGGAUCGGGCGGAUGGAGCAGUGGGAGCUGGCGAGAGAGGUCAUCGAUUUCGUCAAGGCAGAGGGACGCGAGCGAGCGGAUGAGGUGUUGACGAGUAAUUGGUUCAUGGCGCUCGCAACGAGACGGUUGGAGGAGGAGGCGUAUGACGCGACGUGUGAUGUAUUCGAUUACAUGCGCGAAUUCGGGUCGAAACCGUCGGGGGAGACGAUCGAGGUCUUCGCGAGGUUGACGGACGCUGAACCGUACAUGACACAGGCGCAGCGGGAUAAAGUGCGAGAAAUCGCGGGAUGGCUUUCCGAAAGCGAUGCAGGUAAAGCGCUUUGGCACGUCCAUUUCGGUAAUCCCGCGGAAGAGUUUCAGCCCGGCGCUCCUGGAGCGCUUACCCCAAACCGCACAAUCAGCGUGGCCCUGGAGUCCGGGGACAUCGACCUCUACGGCGACAUCGACAAGCUUCGGGACAAAUUGAAAGAUUUUUACUAA